UUUCACCCUGGUAUGGAAUGCCAGUGUUGCAAGUGAUGCUUAACCUGCUUGGCCACAAUGCUGACUCCCCUAGCUGGCUUUUCUUUCCAUUAUUUAUCUGUACCCACCUUAAAGGUAAAACCCAGAUACAUUUAGUUAUAUUCUACCAAGUGAUGUAGUCCCAUGUAGACAAUAUGUUUUGAAUAAAUAUCUAGCAUUCUUACCAGAGUGCCUCUUCCACCUCUUUGUUACCUAUUUAUGCAUAGAAGAUCAAUCUGAAAAUCAGGGCUUUUUAAAACAAUAGUCAUUUUAUUGUAUCUCAGAAUGUUGACAGUGAAGACUGUCCAAAAGUAAGAAAACAGUAAGAACAGAUUUUAAUCGGCAAGAACUAUUGUCAUAGGAAGAAGUCCAGCAUGAACUGAACUCAAAAUUCAGUUUGUUUAAAUAUGACUGGGCAUCUUAAAAGCAUAAUAAGAGAAUGAAGAAGGGGAAUUCCGCCAUCUUUCCGAGCCGCUGCGAUGGUGCCCAUGAACGUCUUGGCAGAUGCUCACAAGAGCAUCAACAAUGCGGAGAAGAGAGGCAAGCGCCAGGUUCUUAUCAGGCCGUGCUCCAAAGUCAUGCUCAGGUUUCUGACUGUGAUGAUGAAGCAUGGUUACAUUGGUGAGUUUGAAAUCAUUGACGAUCACAGAGCUGGGAAGAUCGUGGUGAACCUCACUGGCAGGUUAAACAAGUACGGAGUGAUCAACCCCAGAUUUGAUGUGCAGUUGAAAGAUCUAGAAAAAUGGCAGAAUAAUCUGCUUCCAUCCCGCCAGUUGGGUUUCAUUGUACUGACAACCUCAGCUGGCAUCAUGGACCAUGAAGAAGCAUGAGGAAAACACACAGGAGGGAAAAUCCUGGGAUUCUUACCCUUUCAUAGAAACUAGGAGACAGGGCCCUUACCUUCAGGAGUUGGCUGGAACAACAGUAAAAUACUUAGCAGGCAUGAGCUGUUUGAAGCUAUGUUAGUGCUUCUUCAGAUCUCUGUGCUCAGAGUCUGCAGUCUUUAUAGGCCAAGGUUGACUGAGGUUUAGUCAAAAAGAGGGCUCAGAGGAUCCUGAGUUUGA